AUGUCCAAGGCACCAUCCCGAGGCCCAUCCCGAGGCCCAUCCCGAGGCCCAGCGCCGCCUCCGCAGGCAUCUGGCUUGACGGCACCCAGCCAAGCACCCGCCUCAUCAGCGGCAUCGCCCAGCCGGGCCUCCUUUCUAUCCUCAGGAAGCAGAGCAUCCACCGCCUCUACCGCCAGACCCAGCUACAUGGGCACACCUUCGUUCGCAAAUUCCAUGGCGCCGCCACCCUUACCAACGGUCAUGUCCCAAUCAUCAUCAUCCCGGGCGCCGCACUCGCGCGCCCACCUCCCCUUUGGCGAAGUGACGUUCUCCCAGUUCGGCCGCGACGCCGCUGCCGCUGCCGCCACCGCCCCCGGCGGGCCGGCCUCGCACCGGACAAGCACCAUGGCGUCCGCCUCGCACCGCACGGCACCGGGCCGAAGCCCAGGCACGCUGGUCUCCCGCAGCGGCGGCAGCAGCCGUGUUAUCGCACCCGCACCCUCCUUCGGGGCUGGCGCUGCCGGACCUCCGGCUUUCGACCUUGGGAACCUUCAGAUUAUGGGUGUUGCGUUUUUCAAUCCUGCGGCCCUCGGGGGAAUGAAUCCAUUAAAUUUCGCGCCUCCAGGUCCCUCCGCCAGCCUACCCUCUGCCGCGCCCCCCUCUGCCACGCCCCUCUCUGCGGCACCCCCCUCCGUCGCGCCCGGCUCGGCUCUGCGGUCCACGUACACGGACCCAGAGGACCUGCGGCGCGCCAGCAUGCAGUCCAGCUACAACACCCUCAACGCGCGGGAGCGCGCGGCGCAGGACCGCUGGGCGAAAGGCAAGGCCGACAGCUUCGCACCGUGCCCGGCAGGGUGGCCGUGGGAGCGGCACCCCACGCACCCCGGCUACCGCUGUGUCGGCCAGGCGCACUACAUCAGCGACGGGAUCCUGGCCGAGGGCCUGCCCGGGCUUUACGUGCGACAGCUCAGUCACGAGGGGUUGGGGGAAUCGGACCGGAUGCCUACUGAGGGCGAGAAGGUGCCCCCUGAGUACCGCGGGCCGGUCAGGCCUGUGGGCGUUGAUACGACGGGAAAUUUCACGUACGGGAAUAAUAUCGAUAUCGAGAAGACGAGGGCGAUUGACCCGACGGUUCAGGCGGCACUGGGAUGGGACUCAGAAUGGCAUAAAACCCGGUAA